CUGUCGGCUUUCGUGAAACAGCAGAAAAUCAGCGUACACAUUCCGGAUUAGUCUGUUCGUUACUGAAUUUGUUAGUUUGUCGUGAUUAAUCCAAGCGGAACUCAGCCUCAGUAUGACUACCGAUAAUGCUCGCGAUCUUGAGGCGCCCGGGUUCAGUUUCGAAAAUUGUCGCAGAAAUGCCGAACUGGUGAAGCAAGGAUUCGUUCCACCGAAGGCUAUAAAAACCGGAACAACCAUUGUUGGGAUUGUUUACAAAGAUGGUGUAAUCCUGGGAGCCGAUACUCGAGCUACCGAGGGACCCAUUGUUGCUGAUAAGAACUGCGAGAAAAUCCACUACCUGGCCAAGAAUAUGUACUGCUGUGGAGCAGGUACGGCUGCUGACACGGAAAUGACCACCCAGAUGAUAUCGUCGAAUUUGGAGUUGCACCGGUUGAAUACGGGACGAACGGUACCCGUAGUGGUUGCUAACGUCAUGUUGAAGCAGUUCUUGUUUCGCUACCAGGGGCACAUCAGUGCUGCGCUUGUUCUGGGCGGUGUUGACAAUACUGGGUCGUACAUUUAUUGCAUCUAUCCACACGGUUCGACCGACAAGCUGCCGUACGCUACGAUGGGAUCGGGUAGUCUAGCGGCGAUGUCCGUAUUCGAGUCCCGCUGGAGGCCAGAUAUGGAAGAGGAGGAAGGCAAGAAAUUGGUACGCGAUGCUAUUGCUGCUGGCGUUUUCAACGAUCUGGGAUCCGGCUCAAACAUCGAUCUGUGUGUGAUCCGUAAGGAUGGUGCGCAGUAUCUGCGAACGUACGAGGAAGCCAAUAAGAAGGGUACACGUUCGUUGGCUUACGAUUUCAAGCCAGGAACUACGGCCGUUCUUGAGAGCAAGUAUUUCAAGAUAGAUGUUACCGAGGAAUGUGUGCGCACGCUGAUUCCGGUUGGCGGUGUGGAGAGUAUGGAUACGGCUUAGGGUUGGUGGGAUUCUUUAUCUUUAUGAUUCAAUCUAUUGGAAUAACAAUAAACAUCCAUUUUCAGACAA